AUACUCUAUAAUUAAUUCUGUAAACCAGUAAAAGAAAGCAACCAGUCCAGUCAUGUCUAUUAUUCCCGGCGAACAGUUUAUUCGUACGCUAACCCAUUACCUUGAUUCCAACCAAGGACGAUUGUUAUCAUCCAGCUCCAGUCCGACAUCCUCAUUCUAUGGAGAAGAUGGGAUGAAGGGCAUCAUGAGCGGUAUAAUGAACAGCAGUAACAACCUAUUACGGAGGACUUCUAUGCCAGCCCAAAAACAAGGUGCUCUAGGUGGACUGGUGCCUUAUAUGUCCUUGUUAUCUGCCGCAACCACAGCAUCAGCCAGUACAGGCUGGGCUGCCACAACCAGCUACAUGCCCAAGCGUCCUUGUCUGACGCUUGAUAUCCACCACCUCUAUUUCUUGCUCGUUCAAUUUGAACACUCGGGCCUCGAUAUCGGGGACCCUGCCUUGCUCGGUCCGUUACCAGACGGGGGUACAGUCGAGACAGAGACAUCGGCCACUAUGGGAGAAGCACCUUCAAUCAUGUCUGUCAACUCCAUAGCCUCGACCCUCUCGACCCUCUCACUCUCGACACACUGGAACUUCUGGCGCCAGCAACCCCAACAGGACAAACCUAUUCACAUGGACAUCGAGCAUAUCUACAACUAUUUCGCAAACAUAACCGCUCUGCGACUGCACAUGAGUGUUGUCGUGGAUCCUCACACGGGCAUGACGCGGAGUGGACAGCGGACCAUCGCAGGCUACGAAACACCGCUCCCUCAAGAUGGGUCGGUCGUGUUGUCACUCCUGCCAUUCAAACGACUCACCAGCCUUGAAUUGGCAAACGUUCAUCCCCGCAUGAUUUCCGACUGGACUGACUUGAGUAAAUCAUUGGUACGGCUAGUCGUCAAGGGAGCCAAUGUUGAGGACUGUACUUCAGUGUUGGGACUAGAAGACACCUGGGACAGAUUGAGAUAUUUGAGCCUCCAGGACAACAAUAUCACCACCCUCGACACACAUGCAAUGUCCCAAAUACGCCCUGUCAGCCACCUCAAUCUCAGCAACAAUCUGCUGAUUGAUGUACCUACUGCACUGUCCACUCUUUUCAAUCUCCAAUCUCUUCAGCUGGCUCACAACAUGAUCUCGUCUGUCACAGGAAUCAAUACAAUCCUCGGAAAUAUCCUCGAACUGGAUCUCAGUGGUAACCGGAUUGUCCAGCUGGCAGGCUUGGACCGUCUAUGGGCACUCGAACGCUUGGACCUCAGAGAUAAUCAAAUCGAGGACUGUGCUGAAGUCGGUCGAUUGACCGGUUUGCCAAACAUUGCAGACAUCUGGAUUUCAGGCAAUCCCUUCACACUUCUCCAGCCAGACCACCGUGUCCAGAUCUUUAAGGCAUUUGCGGAUGUCCAACUUGACAUUCGACUUGACGGCUCAACACCUUCUUUUCUCGAACGCAGACGAAUCAACCCUGAUAAAGCUGACACGGCUGCACCACCUGCAGCUGUAAUUGCGGGCCAAAGCAACAGCACAGAUACUGCCACUUGGCCGGCUGCACAUGCAGGCGAGGAUGAGAAGCCAGAAGGAACGGCUCCGGAUGGACCUAUCGCUAUGGUCAAACCAAAGAAUAAGAAAAACAAACGUCUUAUCCGCCUUGGACAAAGUGAUGAUCACACGAAUGACUCAACCAACAGACCUGAUCAACGAAUGUCCCGUAUUGCUGAGCUUGAACAGACUGUCCAAAAUGAGACAUUAGCUCGUCGAUCAUCGCGUCGCCCUCGGUCUUCAAUGCGCCGUAGUCGUUCCCCUGGGCAACAAUCAACCAAGAGCUCCAAGAGCUCCAAACAAAAUCGUUCAUUGUCACCUUUUACUGACAGAACUGAUGAUGUAUUCCGGCGCAAGAUUGAGGCCAUUCGACAAGAAGCAGGUACUGAAUGGUUACGUGUAAUUCAAGAAAUGGAACUUCAUGAACAGCAAGAGCCAAGACAAGAUAAGACUUCUUUACCCAACUAAGAAUGAAUGCAUAAAAGAAAAGAAACAAAGAAACAAACAAUCGAAAAAUACCUCUUUUUAUUAUACACGAAAAAGAAUUCAACCCAAAUCAAUCAAUCAAUCAAACAAAAACAAAAACAAAAACAAACAAGCAAACAAACAAAAACCAAGCAAACAAGCAAACAAACAAGCAGAAUAUUGCUUUGAUUUUUUUUUGGAUUUCUUAAGGUCAACCCUCAUCAUAUACUUUACAUACACUUCUUCUACAUACACUUCUUGUUCUUUUUGUAUGUUUUAUUUUUCAUAUUUUUUCUUUAAUUAUUUAUUUUUACACUCUCACACAUUCACAAACGCACGAACAAACUUACACAAAUACACACACACACUUCUUCUUCCUAUCAUCUUUAUUCAUACAUAUAUUGAUCUACUUAUCUACCUCUUUACUUACCUUUACACAAAUAUAUAAAUACAUAUAUACAUGUACACAUGUAUAUAUUUAUACAUUGAUACAUUG